ACCUCUUCCUCUGAGUGACUUCCUUCUUUUCCAUUCCCACCUUUUUACACACACACACACACACACUGUGUGUGUAUAUAAUUACAUUCAAUUCAAGGAGAAAUUACUGUGUGACUAACUGACUGAGUGUAAAUGGAUACACCUACAAAAUGUCUGCCUGUUUUUUCCUUCAUGUUUCUUGUUCUGUUUCUUGUAACUGCUGAUGACGUCAUCAACCACAACAGCUCCAAUACCAGCAGGAAUGUGGAAACAGAGGAAAUGAACAACCAGGGGUUCUACAAUUCAUCAAUGGAAGAAAGAAUUAAGGAGAUUGAAGCUUUGAAUGAAAAUGCGGUUCAAGAUCCUGAAGAAGUUGUUUCCCAUCUUGAAAUGAGCAUGACAAACAAUACUGAAAGGCGGAAACUAGGAUACUUUUCAUGUGGGACCGGUAAUCCAAUUGAUGACUGCUGGAGGUGUGACCCAAACUGGCACCGUAACCGCAAGCGUCUUGCUGACUGUGGCAUUGGUUUUGGGCGUAAUGCCAUUGGAGGCCGUGAAGGUCGUUUUUAUGUGGUCACUGAUUCACGAGACGAUGACCCAGUGAACCCACGACCUGGAACUCUAAGACAUGCUGUCAUACAAACUGCUCCACUAUGGAUCGUAUUCAAACGUGACAUGGUGAUCCAGUUGAAGCAAGAACUUAUUAUGAACAGUUUUAAAACGAUUGAUGCCCGGGGAGCCAAUGUCCACAUAGCUAAUGGGGGUUGUAUAACUCUUCAGUUCAUUACUAAUGUUAUCAUUCAUGGGUUGCACAUUCAUGACUGCAAACCAACUGGUAAUGCCUUGGUCAGAAGCUCUCCUUCCCAUUACGGUUGGAGGACUAUGGCUGACGGUGAUGCUAUUUCCAUCUUUGGGUCAAGCCAUAUUUGGAUUGAUCACAACUCUCUUUCUCACUGUGCCGAUGGACUAGUUGAUGCUGUCAUGGGCUCUACUGCCAUCACCAUUUCCAAUAACCACAUGGCUCACCACAAUGAGGUGAUGUUGUUGGGCCAUAGUGACUCUUAUUUUAGAGACAAGAUGAUGCAAGUGACUAUUGCAUAUAAUCACUUUGGAAAAGGUCUGAUUCAGAGAAUGCCAAGAUGCAGACAUGGGUAUUUCCAUGUAGUGAACAAUGACUACACUCACUGGGAGAUGUAUGCUAUUGGUGGAAGUGCAAGCCCCACCAUCAACAGCCAAGGCAAUAGAUAUCUUGCCCCUGCCAAUCCUUUUGCAAAAGAGGUUACAAAGCGGGUCGACACGGCUGCAAAUAAAUGGCAUGGAUGGAACUGGAGAUCGGAAGGUGACCUACUUCUUAAUGGCGCUUAUUUUACCCCAUCUGGUGCUGGAGCCUCGGCAAGCUAUGCUAGAGCGUCAAGUUUAGGUGCUAAAUCGUCUAGCAUGGUUGCUACAAUAACUUCCAAUGCUGGUGUUCUUAGCUGUCGCAGGGGUCGCCAAUGCUAGCCCCGGUUUCAUUUCUUCCAAAUGAUUUUAGCGUGUUCGAUUCACUAUCCACAUCGCCCUCCAUAUUGAUCCGUUUUUCUUGCCAUUAUUCCUGGCAAGUAUGCGUUUUUUUCUUACACACGUUCAUCGUUUGUUGUUGUGUCGUGCAACCUCGGCCAAGCUUCAUUUGAAUAUAUGAACUAUAUCUUCACUAUUUUUAGGAGCAGGUUCGUAGUGUUGUUCACCGUGUGCUUUGUCUUCUAGUUUUUGCUUUAGAUCUAACUAGGCAUAUUGGUUUUUAGGUCACAAGGUCGGAAUGUUUUUUUGUUCUUUAAUGCAUUCUUCCUAAUUCUUCCUGUGUUAUUUUGGUUUCUUGAGUCGAUACAAGUUGUCAUGUAAUGUCAAAGCUACUUGGGUUAUGAAAUGAAAAGAGAAGUCUUACCUUAUUUAAUGA